CUGCUAUAACACGCAACACCUGCUCAUACCGAAUCUGGCAAGCAUACGCGAUGGCUGUAGGUGGCUUACAUCCGUAUGCAUUUGCACCUUGUCUGACCAGUGGUUGCUGUGAACCCCUCGUAUAUAAUCUCGCUUUGUUUAUCCAUAUAUGUACGAUACUGCUCCGCUUGGCUUCGAGGAUAUAACCUUUAAUCUUGGCGACAGCGCGACAUCGAAAAGGCCCGAGGACGGUAUCUGUAGCCGAGCUCCUCCCCGCUCAUCCGUCCGCUGUCCGCAUCGUAAGAUCCCUGAGGAGGUCAUUCAUAUCGUGGCCCACAACCCGGUGAGUAUAUCGCGUGGGUGGACUUCCGGUUGUGGAGACUAAUAGAUACGCUAUGCCCAAAGCCUAGUGGAUCAUGAUUCACG